ACUGGGCGGCGGGGGAAGGAACGGGCAGGCGGUGUCAGGACGACGGCCGGGUCUCACUGAGGUGGAAUGUGCCAGAAGCUCAUACAUACCCGCAGCAACGAGACAGCCAUGAUUUUCAAGCACUGGCCUUGUUUCCACUGGGUCAGCAAGCUGUGGGGCAACAAACAGGCAUCUUGAUGCAGUUCACUGGAUUAAGGCUGACCAGUAUCGGGCCACCAUCACGUGGAGGUGCUGGAGGUGAGAACAUGGAUAACUCUCUGCUCAGAGGGGAUCUCAUCUCCGCAAGUCUACAUGAGAGAUCAUUGGUUGAAGAGGACGAUCCUCAUCUGAAAGUAUCCUUGGCAAGUGGCGACAUGGGUGUUGCAACCCACUUACAGUCUUCAAAGACCGGCAACACUCGCUUCUUCACGAGCAACACCCACAGUUCUGCAGUGUUACAGGGGUUUGACCAACUCCGAAUUGAAGGCUUACUUUGUGAUGUCACCCUUGUGCCAGGGGAUGGUGAUGAAGUAUUUCCAGUCCAUAGAGCCAUGAUGGCCUCAGCUAGUGACUAUUUUAAGGCUAUGUUCACAGGUGGAAUGAAGGAGCAAGACCUCAUGUGCAUUAAACUUCAUGGAGUGAAUCGAAUAGGACUGAAGAAGAUCAUUGAUUUUAUUUAUACUGCAAAGCUUUCCCUGAACAUGGACAACCUGCAAGAUACUUUGGAAGCAGCCAGUUUUCUGCAGAUUUUACCUGUUUUGGACUUCUGUAAAGUAUUUCUUAUCUCUGGGGUUUCCCUUGAAAAUUGUGUCGAGGUUGGACGAAUUGCAAAUACUUACAACUUGACAGAAGUAGAUAAAUAUGUGAAUAACUUCAUUCUGAAGAACUUCACUGCACUGCUAAGUACUGGUGAAUUUGUGAAACUCCCAUUUGAGCGACUUGCCUUUGUGCUUUCAAGCAACAGCCUCAAAAACUGCACUGAACUUGAACUUUUCAAGUCUGCCUGUCGUUGGUUGCGAUAUGAGGAUUCACGGAUGGAUUUUGCCUCAAAGAUAAUGAAGAACAUUAGGUUUCCUCUGAUGUCACCACAGGAAUUAAUUAAUCAUGUUCAAACGGUGGACUUCAUGAGAACGGACAAUGUUUGUGUCAAUCUGCUACUAGAAGCCAGUAACUAUCAGAUGAUGCCCUACAUGCAGCCUGUUAUGCAGUCUGAAAGAACCUGUAUCCGUUCAGAUAACACACACUUAGUAACCUUGGGUGGAGUGCUAAGGCAACAGCUAGUUGUGAGCAAAGAGUUAAGAUUAUAUGACGAAAAGGCCCAUGAAUGGAAAUCGCUCGCUCCAAUGGAUGCACCAAGGUACCAGCAUGGCAUUGCAGUGAUUGGAAACUUCCUUUACGUUGUAGGUGGGCAGAGCAAUUAUGACACAAAAGGAAAGACUGCCGUUGACACCGUGUUCAGAUACGAUCCUCGGUACAACAAAUGGAUGCAAGUAGCAUCUUUAAAUGAAAAGCGUACUUUCUUCCACCUAAGUGCCCUGAAAGGCCAUCUUUAUGCAGUUGGUGGUAGAAAUGCAGCUGGAGAAUUAGCUACUGUAGAGUGCUACAAUCCGAGAACCAAUGAGUGGAACUAUGUGGCUAAAAUGAAUGAACCUCAUUACGGGCAUGCUGGAACUGUUUAUGGUGGUUUUAUGUACAUUUCAGGUGGGAUUACUCAUGAUACCUUCCAAAAAGAACUCAUGUGCUUUGACCCUGACACAGAUAAGUGGACCCAGAGAGCCCCGAUGACCACUGUACGGGGCCUCCACUGCAUGUGCACAGUGGGAGAUCGCCUUUAUGUCAUUGGAGGCAACCACUUCAGAGGAACCAGUGAUUAUGAUGAUGUCUUGAGCUGUGAAUUCUACACACCUGCCCUGGACCAUUGGACCCCCAUUGCGGCGAUGCUGCGUGGUCAAAGUGAUGUUGGUGUGGCUGUGUUUGAAAACAAGAUCUACGUGGUGGGAGGGUAUUCCUGGAAUAACCGCUGCAUGGUGGAGAUAGUUCAGAAAUACGAUCCUGAGAAAGAUGAAUGGCAGAAGGUCUUCGAUCUCCCUGAGUCUUUGGGAGGAAUCCGAGCAUGCACUCUUACAGUCUUUCCACCAGAGGAAAAUACUGGCUCACCUUCCCGAGAAUCGCCUCUCUCUGCCCCUUAGAGAAAGAACAGGAAUGCCAUUACUUCAGCUCUUACAAAGAACUCACUUGCACAGCAUCAUAAUUAAUAUCAAAGAUUUUCUGCCUAUUUUGCUCGGUAGUAACUAUAGUAGGCAGUGACACAAGUAUAAUUACAGAAACAGUGGAUUGAGUUAUUUGUGCAGUACUGUUGACAUCUGUUGUCUGCCUGUUACAAGAGAGACAUAAUAAUAAUAUAUAUGUCCAGGAUUGAACUCUGAAAAAGUUUAGCGAUUUUACUGUUAUACAGUGUGAUUGUUUUUUUCUGGGGGGGACGCAAUGCAUUGCUGAGGAUCCCUCACUAUGAUUCAUGGAAAACAUUAACUUACCAUUGAGUGCAUCUUCUUUACCAUCAGCUUGAGGAUUUCAAAACAUAGAUUAAUACCGUAUGUAUAGAUGUGUGAAGACAACCCAUGACAUGACUGUUUUCCAUUAUAUGUUGACCCAAGUUAAUUGGUUGCCCCAUCUAUUGGAAAUUGCGGGACACACCUUGGUUUUUUGGUACGCUAAAUUAAGUGCAGCACUGAUGGUUUGAAUUCCCGUACGCAGUAUUUGUGCCACUAUCAUUUCAUUUCUGAAUUUUAAGAGAUGACUGGUUUAAUUAUGACCUGAUCGGCUUUAGCCUUCUCCUUUUGUUUGUUGUACAAGUUAUGAUGGUGCUGCAUCUCUCCUCUUCACACCUUGGUUGGUGAGCCUGUUUAACACAUCAGGCAUUGCCUGUAGGAGUAUUGCUGCAGCUCAGUGAACGUGAAUGAUAACGCUCAACGUUUUAUGUUCAAUAAAGGUUUAACUGAAA